UAGUAAGUCAUUACAGUGGCAACGCUCGUGGCGAAAAGAGCGAGUGAAAAGGCCCGAAAAGAAAGUUUUCCAGCGGUUGUGCGUGGAAAUUUCGUGGAACGACUAAGUCCGGCGACAGCCCAAUAAUAUUAACAACUUGAUCUGCCGAUCUGCCGAUCUGUGCGAUCCGCCGACCAGAAAAGCGGGGAAACUGCUGGAGAAGUGAAGGGACGCCAUCCGUAUCCCCGAAGAGCGAGUGUCAACAAGCUGGCGAAACGGCGAAUAACUCGUGCAAACAGCAGACGUCUGACUGCGAUUGGGACCCAGACCCAGAGCGAACCUGAAUCGGGGCUUAUUUAAAGCCCGCUACCCGCUGUCUGUCAAUCAGAACAAUUCAAGCUGCCGACGGCAGCAGAUCGCGAGUGAAGAAACCAGAAGAAAUCAGAAGAAUUCCGAAGAAAGCUCCAGGCAGAAGAUAAUUGUGCAGGCAGUAAUACCUAUCGUACCGGUGGGGCAAAUGCCCCGACACCUUGCACACAAAAGUUAAACUGCAAAUACUUGCAUUCCGUAUCAAUAACAAUAACACCCCCGUCGAAGUUUGCCUUCUGCAUUGUGAGCAGUAUUGUGAUAUUUGAACGCGCCACCUGCACCGUCGCAAUCAAUUUGCUUUAACACUUUGUGUUUAAGCCAAACAAAGCCAUCAGGUCUGAUUAAACAAGUAGCAAGAUGUCCGCGUCAAAGGAGGCCAUUUGUGCCAGCACCGAGAAGGAUCUGGAGAAGCCAGCACUGGGAUGCUUCGCCACCCGGUACUUUGUGACCUUCAUGCUUUUCCUGGGCAUGGCCAAUGCGUAUGUGAUGCGCACUAACAUGUCGGUCGCCAUUGUGGCCAUGGUCAAUCACACGGCCAUUAAGACCGGCGUAGAGGAGUACGACGACGAGUGCGGAGAUCGGGACAUACCCAUUGACGAUUCCCAGGACGGCGAGUUCCCUUGGAGCUCGGCCCUGCAGGGCUACAUCCUGUCCUCCUUCUUCUACGGCUAUGUGAUCACCCAGAUCCCCUUCGGCAUCCUGGCCAAGAAGUACGGCUCCCUGCGAUUCCUGGGCUACGGCAUGCUGAUCAACUCGGUGUUCGCCUUCCUGGUCCCGGUGGCUGCCCGCCAAGGAGGAGUCUGGGGUCUGUGCGCGGUGCGGUUCAUCCAGGGUCUGGGCGAGGGUCCCAUUGUGCCCUGCACCCACGCCAUGCUGGCCAAGUGGAUUCCCCCCAACGAGAGGUCCCGCAUGGGUGCUGCCGUGUACGCGGGUGCGCAGUUUGGAACCAUCAUCUCGAUGCCGCUUUCCGGACUGCUGGCCGAAUACGGCUUCGAUGGCGGCUGGCCAUCGAUCUUCUAUGUGUUUGGCAUCGUGGGCACCGUCUGGUCCAUCGCCUUCCUGAUCUUUGUGUACGAGGAACCCUCCGCGCACCCCACCAUCGACGAGCGCGAGAAGAAGUACAUUAACGAUGCCCUCUGGGGAUCCGAUGUGGUCAAGAGCCCUCCCAUCCCCUUCAGGGCCAUCUUGAAGUCGCUGCCCUUCUACGCCAUUCUGUUCGCCCACAUGGGCCACAACUAUGGCUACGAGACCCUGAUGACCGAGCUGCCCACCUACAUGAAGCAGGUGCUCCGCUUCUCGCUGAAGUCGAACGGCCUGCUCAGCUCCCUGCCCUACCUGGCCAUGUGGCUCUUCUCCAUGUUCAUCUCGGUGAUCGCCGAUUGGAUGAUCAGCUCGAAGCGCUUCUCGCACACGGCCACCAGGAAGCUGAUCAACAGUAUUGGCCAGUACGGACCUGGCAUCGCCCUGUUGGCCGCCGCCUACACGGGCUGCGAUCGCGCCCUCACCCUGGCCAUCCUCACCAUCGGAGUGGGCCUGAACGGAGGCAUCUACUCCGGCUUCAAGAUCAACCACUUGGACCUCACCCCGCGCUUCGCCGGCUUCUUGAUGGCCAUCACGAACUGCUCGGCCAACUUGGCAGGUCUGCUGGCGCCCAUUGCCGCGGGCAACCUCAUCUCCGAUCACAGCAAGCCCAUGAUGGGUCAGUGGAAGAUCGUGUUCUUCAUCGCCGCCUUCGUGUACAUCAUCUGCGGCACCUUCUACAACAUCUUCGGCUCCGGCGAGCGCCAGUACUGGGACAAUCCGGCGGACGACGAGCAGAAGCCGGCCCUGCAGACCACGAGCACCACCACCCCGCAAAGGCUGAGCAAUGGCAACUCGGCGCCACCGGCCAUCUCCAGCUCCUAAGAUCCAGAGGGCUCUAGUAUUAAUACGUACACUAUACGAAAUGCCUAGCUUAGUCCUUGUUUUAGUUACCUAUGUGUUAAGCCAAAAGUUGUUAAUAUUGAUAGUUAGCCAUUGAUCUAUUCCUAUGCCUGCAUAUACAUACACCGCUAAAAAGACAGUAAGCUUCCCAUUGUAAAUAAAUUGGGAACUCGAAACGAGCCCACACCAAAUCGAGCACAAAUCGUCAACUUUAGUUAGGGAAUUCGAGGUCUACCAUUGCAAAUGCGUAGUUUUCUUAUCUUAUUGUGAUAGCGACAGAGUUUAGUUCUCUCACUGAUUUGUUUUGAAAUUAAAUGAUCCGCUCAAGCGAACAUUGUUAAGCAAGUAACCAAAUGUAUGGAAACCAUUAAAAACUACUAGUUUAAGAAACAACCAAAA